AUAGAAUCUUCGAGAACCUUCGAUUAUUCGAGGUUCGACCUUCUGUUCGAGAAUCGACCGUUGUUUUGAUUGAACAGAUUGCCGAUAUGUUAAAUACACUCGAGUGACUAAAUGUUUUAUCCAACGCAUAACGUUAAGAAAGAUAAACACCUUCAAGACAGCGAAGAAAAACCAGAGCUCAAUGGCACCUCGGUUGCGGCCAUCAACACGCUACCCUCCACAGACGUGUCCUCUUCAGACGUCUCCUUCAGCUAACGUGAACAGAACAGCUGGAGACAGAGGCACACACAUAGCUUCUAGUAACACUUCUGAAUGUGCUACAGAAGUUCUCACAGUUAAAGUACAGCACAUCCUCAGAAGAGGUCCUGCUGUACCUCCUUUCUUAAUUACAGGUCCUAAUGACACGUCUGGAAUUGAUCCAGAAGUUCUUCCGGCUGACGGAGAUCACCUCAGCAGGGGGGGCAGAGGUCCUACUCCAACCACUUUUCCCACAAAUUCACGUGCUCCGAAGAAAACGCCACAACAUUUGGCCUCAAAAUUUCAGUGCAGAACUGAUACACAGUUUAGAGACCUGAAUCAUUGCACAAAAUACCGGGCUUCCUUAGAUCAUAAGGAAAAUCUGACCUUUCAGUUGAAACCCAAGAUGUGCCAUGCUCCACAGACACUCACUCGUCAGGCUGUUAAAAACCAAGAGUUUCUAGAGCCCAGUGUAGCUCAGCAGAGGAAGACAUUUGGAAAUGCUCAGGAAGCUUUUGCAGCAAACGUGGAUCACUACAAUCGCCACUCUCCUGCUCAGCCCAUUGGCUACAGAAAAAGACGUGUAUUGCAGCCAGUCCAGCGGGAGACUGGGCAGUGUAUAUUACCUCAUGGAGCUUGUGUAGAUGCAUCAUGUCGGACUCAGUGGGUGACGAAUUAUAUGGAAAACUUUUGUUUUUCACAAAAUGCCUGCUCCUUGACUUCUCAGAGAAAAUCUGCACCCCGGCCGCCCUCAAACUUUAGGAAGCUUAGACCUGCUACUCAACGCACUGAAUACCAGGCUGCAUUCGGUCCGAAGGUCCUCUCUGCUAAGUUUGACUUCCGUCUGUUCAUACAGCUACAUGGAAACGGGUCAAAGUAGGUCGCCAGAUACCGAAUGUAAAAGUAUGAAGAGUCUUCACAAAGAAUGACAUCAGUAUUUUUACAUAUGGUUCCCCAUACUCCAAAGAUGUCUAAAUAUGAAGACAACUAAUCUCGAAUCAGCUUGAAUCCAGACGAGGCCACGGUUCGUCUAGACCACGGUUCGACUAGACCACAAGAGGGCGUUCUGGCAGGUGUUUCUGCUCCUUCAGGGUCAUGUGUGUUCCCACCGUGUCUUGUUAUCCCUAACGUGUUCCUUUAUUUUUUAUACCUGCCCUGUUGUAUCAGUCUUUGUUCGUCAUUGUUGUGUCAAGCUUUGUUUGUGUGUUAUUGUCUCAGAUUAUGUCGUGUAAAGUUUAUGGUUUUGUUAUGGUAUACGUGGAUUAAAAAAUAUAGAAAACA